UCAUGAGAAAUAUCUAUAAAUUAAGAACAGAUUAAAAAAAACUAGCCUUAUGAAAUUUAUAAAUGUCUUUUUAGAUGUCUCAAGAUAAGGAAAAUAAUUCAAAAGAUAGAAACGAUGGUACCAAUUUCUUUUGUGUCCCGUGCAAAAGUUUAAUUUGGGAAGAAUCUCUAGAAGAACAUUCCAAACACAUUAUCAAAGAGGUACAAUCUUUACUACAUGAAACUUUAGAAAGACUACCAUCUGCCAUCGACCAAGCAGUAAACAUUAUCCCAGAUCUGCAAAAUCAGAUGGAGCAGAUUGACACACAGACUAAACGAAUGGAACAAGAGGUAUCGCUUCUGAAAGGGGAAAUUGAAAAUAGGUACCAAUUAAUUCAAACAAAACUAAGGGAACAUUACCAAACAAUUUGCCAGGAAGUGGACAGCUUUGUAACAAAUGUCAAGAAAACUGGUGAAAUAACGAGAGAGGAUAUUCAGGGUAAAAUAAGAUUUAUAGAAGAUACUCGGCGGCGUUGCAGUGACGAUAAUAUCUGUGAGGUCGGUGAUGCAUUACAAAUUGAAAACAAUUGUAUGAGAUUAGCGGACGAAAUUAAACAAUAUCCUAAUAUCAUAAAAAGUACUCCUACAGAUGUUCCGGAGCUCAAGUUUAAUAUCACCGAGGAUGAUAUGUCAAAAAUGAUUGCUACAAUGUACGGUAGUAUUCAAUAUGAUCGUGGAAGCAGGGAACAGAAAUUUGCCGAUAAGAGUGAUAAAAAACAAGUGAAGCUACUUGUCGAAACAAAGCUCGCGUUUCCCGCUCUUCCGGUUCGAUCUGGUCACAAGGUGUCUGACAUUAUUCAAACAAGCGUUAAUGACGUCAUCAUAGGUUAUUCUACAAAUAAGGUUUUACAUUACUACGAUAGAAAUGCCAAAAGACAGAAAUCAAGAGAAAUUCCGUUUUAUGUUCAGAGCAUGACAACAACAAAUACCGGUGAUAUUUUUGCUUCUGAAAACAAAGGAUCAAGAAUCAUGAAAAUAAACAGUGAAAACAUUAAUCUGUUCUUUGAUGCAUCACCCUAUUUAACAUUUGGUGUGCUGUGUUCACGAAACAUCGAAACUUUAUAUGUCUGCUGCCAACUGGACAAAAGUGGUCUUGUUUAUGCCCUGUCAAAUGAUGGAAAAGUGGCAAAAACGAUAGAUACAUGUGCUGAUGGUGAAAUCUUAUUCAGAAAACCAAAUAGAAUUGCAGAAAACCCCUCAAAGUGUACAUUAUACAUUACUGAUUUAGGUUUCAAAAAUGUAAUCUCAAUUGACAAAUACAAUGUCUGUAGAUUCAGAUACGAUGGGGGUCCAGAAAGCAGUAAUUUCAUCCCAAUAGACGUGAAGUUCUGUGAUUUUGAUAACACGCUCUUAGUCUCGAAUUGGAAAGGCAAUAGCGUCCAUCAGCUGACCGAGGGUGGACACUUCCAGUCGCUUGUAAUUUCACAAAGAGAUAAUAUGCUUUAUCCUACCAUACUGUUGGUGGAUUGCCUGAAACGAAUCUGGAUUUCUCACAAAGAAAAGAUCAGUGUCGUAAAAUACACCAACAAGUAAUCAGUGUCGUAAGAUACACCAACGAGUGACCGAAUUCAUAACUGUGUUUUAUUUUUGUACAAGUUUUGUCAUUCCUUUGUUGAAUAC